AUUUUAUAAAGCCUUAGUGGCAAAAAAAAUGGCGGGAACUUAUUGUCCUUCAAUCACAAAACAACACACCGACUGACUAACUGAGUGAGCCGAGGAGAGAGAAAAUGGCGAAAGAGAAAUCACCGGCGACGGCGACAACGACGGCGAUGGAGGCGGAGGAAUUGCCGAAAACGAUCGUUAGAAGAGUCGUAAAAGAGAAGCUUUCGAAGAUUUCCGGCGAUGGUGGUGACGUCACUCUUCACAAAGAAGCUCUCCUUGCUUUCUCCGAAAGUGCUCGCAUCUUCAUCCACUAUCUAUCCGCCACGGCACAUGACGUAUGCAAUGAUUCAAAUAGGCAAAUCAUAAAUGCAGAUGAUGUGCUAACAGCUCUUGAGGAAAUUGAGUUUGCCGAAUUUGUUGAACCACUCAGGGGCUCCCUUGAAGAAUUUAGGAAAAAGGCUGCUGGAAAGAGAGCAGGGUCAGCAAAGGCAAAAGAAGCGAACAAGAAGAGGAAAGCAGAUGAAGAGACAGCUAAAGGAAAUGAUAAAGAUGAAGACAAAGUAGACAAUGAAGUUAAUGAAGGUGAAGACAAAGUAGACGAUGAAGUUGAUGAAGAUGAAGACAAAGUAGACAAUGAAGUUGACGAAGAUGAAGACAAAGUAGACAAUGAAGCUAAUGAAGAUGAAGAUGAAGAUGAAGAUGAAGAUGAAGAUGAAGAUGAGGAUGAGGAGCAAGCUAGUGAAGGCAAGGAUGAUUCUCAUGAUAGCUGAGUGUAGAAUCUCUUUACAGUUACCUUUAGGCCGUAGCACUUUAUGCCUAGCUAAACGUCUAGCAACACAUUGUGUAACAAGAACCGAGUGGGAAAAUAGGUGCAACUAACUUGCAUGUAUAAAUGGCUCUUUUAUCCGAUUGCAACCUCAGCAUUACUUUUCUUGUGUAUCUAUGGGCAUUACUUUGUACGGUCUGUGGUAAUCAUGAUUAAUUUAUAGGUGAAUUUGUGGAGAAAA